AGAGUAGAGACCAGGAGUUCAUUUUAGGGAGAGUUUGGGAUUCGCGUUCAUUGUGAUAAAGCAAAUAGGUUUCAUUUACUUCUGGAGAAGUCUUGGACCGAUGGCAGCAAGUCAGCCUUAUGCAGGGAUCUGAAGGCCUUUAUUUUAUGUCCCUGUCGACUUGGAUGGGUUGGGGUCCUUGUUUAUCAUUCUUAUGUUUUUGAUCUUCUGCAAGUUUCUUUUCUUGUUAAAACUGUGUCUCCAAGAGCUUUCCUUGGAAACUGUUAGAGCUCAGAGACGACUUGAAACAGGCAUACUGACUCUGUGAAAUUCAGCUUGGCCAUAAAUUCCAAGUUUGCCAUAUGUGUCAUUGGCUCAGCAGAUGGCACCUCCUAGUCCGAGCAACAGCACCCCUAACAGCAGCAGCGGGAAUAACGGGAACGAGCAGUUGAGCAAAACCAACCUGUACAUCCGGGGACUGCAGCCAGGCACUACGGAUCAGGACCUUGUUCGAUUGUGUCAGCCAUAUGGCAAGAUUGUGUCCACGAAGGCCAUCCUGGACAAGACCACAAACAAGUGCAAAGGCUAUGGCUUUGUGGAUUUUGACAGCCCUUCAGCAGCACAAAAGGCUGUAACCGCCCUGAAAGCCAGCGGUGUACAGGCCCAGAUGGCAAAGCAACAGGAACAGGACCCCACAAAUUUAUACAUCUCAAACCUCCCACUGUCGAUGGAUGAGCAGGAGCUGGAGGGGAUGUUGAAGCCCUUUGGCCAGGUUAUCUCCACCCGAAUCCUUCGAGAUACCAGUGGGACCAGCAGAGGGGUUGGAUUUGCCAGGAUGGAGUCCACAGAGAAGUGUGAAGCCAUCAUCACCCACUUUAAUGGAAAAUAUAUUAAGACACCCCCUGGAGUGCCAGCACCAUCUGAUCCCUUGCUUUGCAAAUUUGCUGAUGGUGGACCAAAGAAACGACAGAACCAAGGAAAAUUUGUGCAAAAUGGACGGGCCUGGCCAAGGAAUGGAGACAUGGGAGGUAUGGCCUUGACCUAUGACCCAACCACAGCGCUUCAAAAUGGAUUUUACCCAGCGCCUUAUAACAUCACUCCCAACAGGAUGCUGGCUCAGCCUGCGCUCUCUCCUUACCUGCCAUCUCCCGUGUCUUCCUAUCAGAGAAUGACACAGACAUCGCCUCUACAAGUACCUAACCCAUCCUGGAUGCACCACCAGUCAUACCUCAUGCAGCCUUCAGGCUCAGUUCUAACACCAGGGAUGGAUCAUCCCAUUUCUCUCCAGCCUGCCUCCAUGAUGGGACCCCUUACCCAGCAACUGGGCCACCUCUCGCUCAGCAGCACAGGCACGUACAUGCCAACAGCUGCCACUAUGCAAGGAGCUUACAUCUCCCAGUACCCACCUGUGCCUUCUUCUAACGUUUCAGUGGAGGAGAACAGUGGCCAGCAAAAUCAAGUGGCAGUGGAGACACCCUCAGACCAUGGGGUUUACUCUUUCCAGUUCAGCAAGUAAUGACAGACCUGGGCCAAGAGAAGAAACCUUGACACUCCUGCCCUGUGCUGUUUCUUCAUUGCUGACGGAGGCUGGGCACCUGUCACUUUUUCUAUGUGCUACACUCAAGGAGAUCAAAGAAACCUUUUUCUUUUGCAAAGAAAGUUUUUUGCUUUGUUUUUAUUGCAAUGUACUUUUCUCCUACCCCAAAGAGACAUGGCGGCUGGAGCUUCUCAUCUGCAUGAAGAACUGUUUUUUUAAUUAUUCAUUGGCGUGAUUUGAGAAGGCUUUUAAAAUGAUUGGAAUUAUUUCUUUAAACCAAAACAAAAAAAAACAGAAAGACAUGGUGCUAGAAGGCUGACAAAGGAGCCUGCUUGCUGCGUUUGGUUAUGGACUUUUUUUUUGAUAUGUGUGUAUGUGUUUAAGAAAUAUGCAGACUUUGUUUUAUAAAGCUCUCAGCUCACAUCAGUCUCCUCUUUACACAUUUUUUUGGUUUGCUUUCUCUCAUCCAAGUUGUUCUGUUUUUCUUUUCCAUAUAGCUGAGCUUUCCUGCUUUGCUUUUUUUUUUUUUUUUUUUUAGUUUUUUGUGAAUUUCUUUUUUGAAUGAAAUUUCCUGUAAAUUUGGAGGUGGAGAAGAAAUGGGCAAGGACAAAGUAGAAUCCUAACAGCCAGAGGAAGUAGCUUGCUCCCUGGCUCUGUCUCAUCUUGGGAAGAAAAGACUGGAGUCUGGCUACAGUAAGCACAGCUGUGAACUAGGCUCCAGGAAACCACCUCACCUGCUGUGCACUCGUGGCUAACACCUGUAAUUCUAAGCUACUCAGAAGGCUGAGAUCUGAAGAUCAUGGCCAGGAAAGUG